AUGGUGCAGCGGGAUAACUCGUUAGCCUACACUCGAGCAUGCAAGGAAAAUGACUGGACGACAUCAAUUCACAUUGCAGCCAGUGAAGGUUAUGUAGACGUGAUAAAUGCAGUAUCAGAGCAGUGUCCAGAUUACUGGGAAAUGCUUAACAGCAGUGGCCAAAAUGCUCUCCAUGUUGCCAUAUCGAACGAUAAGAGCAGAGUAGUCAGAUUGUUAUUGAAUGAUAAGGAAUCACAUAACCUUAUUGACGAGGCAGAUAAUGAUGGCAACACUCCUCUCCAAUUGCUUGCGUCUUCUAAAUAUCUAUAUGUGCCAUUACAAUUAAUAGGACAUCCCCAUACAAAGAAGAUGUUAUUUAACAAAGAAAACCAAACUCCGCUUGACAUAGAAAAGUCUGGCACAGAGACAACAGCUGUGGAGAAAUAUUUAUUCAAGCAGAACCUUCAAUAUGGUCGAUCGGGACGCCGUCACUUUGAGAUAAAAAAGAAACAAAAAAUGCAAGAGCAAGAGGAUGAAAUGGAGUCAAGCGAGAACAAAGCCAAAAAUGAUAAGAAAAGCGAACUGGAAAAUAUUAUGGCGGCAACUGAAAUACAUCUAGUUGUGGCUACUUUACUAGUUACGGUUACCUUUGCAGUCGGUUUCAUGUUACCAGGAGGUUUUGAGAGUGAUCCCAGUGGCCCUUAUAAAGGGUUGGUGAUUCUAGCAAGAAACACAGCAUUUCGUGCAUUUGUUGUUUCGGAUGCCAUCGCCUUUACAUGUUCCGCUGGUGCUGUAUUCAGCUACUUCUUCAUUGCAGCAAAUGCAACAGCCACAACAAAAAUAAAAAUUAUGCGUGUGCUUUUUAAUAAGGCAAUGUUACUGCAGCUUUUCGCGAUGUCAGCAGUUGUAAUUACCUUUGUAACUGGUAUGUAUGCUACUUUAGCACAUUCAGUUGGUCUCGCCAUUACUGUUGUUGUCAUCGAUUGCAUGUCUUUCCUUGUGUACGCUCUUCUGUUAUGCGCCUUCAACUAA